AGGCUUUUAACCGUUGAUAUUUUCAACAAUAUCCAUCGUAUAGAAGUACUUGUGCAACUGUUGGGUUGUAGACAUGUAUAUAUAAAUAUAAUAAUUAAUAUCGUCCUAUUUUUGUUAAGUUAACUUAGCUUAGUUUGAACUAAAUAUUUUAAUUAAUUAUAUAUUUAUUUAUUUAAUUAUUUAUAAUACAAUUUAAAUCAUCAAAUAUGUCCGCAGCAUUAUCGACUAAUAAUAUUAAAAGAGGUAGAAUGGAUUUUGCAUUUGAAGUGAAAACUAUUAUAAAUCCGGAAACAAAAGAAGUUGAAUAUUAUGAAGGAAUUAAACCUUUAAAUAAACCAACUCCAACUGCUAGAGGAGUAUAUGGUGGAAAUUUAUGUGGUCAAGCAUUAAUAGUUGCUUUAGAAUCUGUACCUGCUAAUUCAGGUUUAGUUCCUCAUUCAUUACAUUCAUAUUUUGUUAAAGCAGGUGAUGAUAAAAUACCUUGUCAAUAUAAAGUAGAAAAAUUAAGUGAUGGAAGAAAUUUUGCUAAUAGAUUAAUCCGAGUUUUUCAAAAUGAUGAAUUAAAAUAUAUUAUAAUGGUAAGUCUUACUAAGAAGAAUUCAAUGGAUAAAGCUAGAAAAGACUAUCAUCAGAAUAAUGAUACAGUAAAGAAGCCUCCACUACCUAUUGAAUUUCAAAAGGAAGUUGAUUCUACAUUUUAUAAAUAUCUGUUAAAUGAUUUACCAACUCAAUUCAGUUAUGAUACUUCGGGAGUAUUGGAAUAUAAAUUCCCACCAAAUUAUAUUGAUCCUAAAUUUAAUGAAAAUGAACAUUUAUUACAACCAGGUGAUAGAUCAUUAUCAUUUUGGAUUAGAGUAAAUGAUAAUACCCCUGGAAAAUCAUCAACUGCUGCUAAAUUUGCUGGUUUUGGUGUUUUGAGUGAUUCAGUGUAUUUAUCAUCAUUAGGUCGUAUAUUGCAUUUGCCUAACUAUAAUAAUGGAUUACCAUUAGGAGCUUUAGGUACUGAAGAAGUUCAUUUCUUUUCAUUAUCAUUAGAUCAUUCUAUAUAUUUUCAUGAUGAAUAUUUUGAACCAAAAGAUUGGAUUUAUGUUACAUUCUCAGCACCAAAAUUAAGUAAUAAUAGAGCAUUAUUAACAGCACAUUAUUAUGAUCAAACUGGUAGAUUAUUUGCAACCAUUGUUCAAGAAGGUUUAGUAUUUUUCCGUAAUGGAUCUGAAUAUAAAGCUAAAUUAUAGACUCUCAGGAGAGACAUGGUUGCUAUUUAAUUUUAUGCAUUUUAUAUAAUGUUAAACUAUUUAUUUUAUUUCUAUUUCUAUUUCUAUUUUUAUUUAUUAAAGCUUAUAUAAACAAAUAAUUCAAUGGAUUUUUCAAGUCCGAAAUAUACACUAUAAAUAACUAAAAAUAAUAUUAGAGCCCCGUUUGUUUAUGCAACUUGAUAAUUACGAUUGUUCAGAUUACGAAGUUUACGAAACGGUUCGAUUUGCAGUCGGUAAUAAAAAUAUCGCACAAAAUAAUUAACUCCAGAAAUAUCAUAUGCCGAGGUACAACUGAAGAUCAUAUUCAUAAUUA